ACUGAAGAUUGAGCUUCACACAAACGAAAACUUCUUGCUGUGUCCAACAUCUUUCUGCAAUCAUUAUGACAUGGUCUGGAUAAAAGCAAAAAACUGCGGAUGCUGGAAAUCCAAAACAAAAACAGAAACAGAAAUACCCGGAAAAACUCAGCAGGAUACUAGAAGGGGAGAAUUUGCAGACAGAAGGCUGAAAUCAAAGGUUAAGAUCUCACAGAGUCACUCGAUUUAUCGGAACCUGAAUAUGAUCAGCUUUGUAUCUAGAUGGAGAAAUGUUUCUGUGUUCUGUCUGCUUCAAAAUGUUCUAAACAUCAGGGGGACUGGAAAAGCCUGAGACCCCCCACACCCGAGUGAGAGCAUUCCAGUGCACUGUGUGUGGAAAGAGCUUUAACCAGUUACACAGCCUGAAAAAGAUAUCACAUCAUUCACAGUGAGGAGAGACAUUUUACAUGUUCCAUGUGAGGACGAGGCUUCAACUGACCGUCAGACCUGGAGAGAGACAUGGACACGCACCCCAUGGAGAAACCGUGGAAAUGUGGAGACUGUGGGAAGGGAUUCAAAACCCCAUCGAAGCUGGAGACUCAUCAACACAGUCACACCGGAGAGAGACCGUUCACCUGCUUUGAGUGUGGGAAGGGAUUCGCUCGGUUAUACCACCUGCAGUCACACCACCAGGUUCACACCAGGGAGAGGCCAUUCACCUGCUCCAUGUGUGGGAAGGGAUUCGCUCGGUUAUACAACCUGCAGACACACCAGCGAGUUCACACCAAGGAGAAGCCGUUCACCUGCUCUCAGAUUGGGAAGGGAUUUACUCAGUUACCCAACCUACUCACUCACCAACAAGUUCACACUGGGGAAAGACCAUUCACUUGCUCUGAGUGUGGGAAGGGAUUCACUCGGUCAUCCAAUCUGCUAACACACCAGCAGGUUCACACUGAGAGGCCGUUCCCCUACUCUGAGUGUGGGAAAGGAUUCAUUGAGUUCUACAGACUGCAGGUACACCAGCGAGUUCUCACUGGGGAGAGGCCAUUCACCUGCUCUCAGUGUGGAAAGGGAUUCGCUCGGUUACAGCACCUGCAGUCACACCAGCACUUUCACACUGGGGAGAGGCCAUUCACCUGCUCCGUGUGUGGGAAAGGAUUCGCUCGUAUAUACAACCUGCAGAAAUACCAGCAAGUUCACACCGGGGAGAAGCCGUUCACCUGCUCUCAGUGUGGGAAGGGUUUCACUCAGUCGCCCACUUGCAGACACAUCAGUGAGUUCACAAGUGAUUGCAGGGUUUGGAUUCUGCUGUCUUUGCUGCUGUUAAUCACAUCCAGGAAUGAUCCAUGUUCAUUCUGACAGUUGGUGAAGUGGGAGGGUCAGAGGAUUUCUUUCUGCUGGACUGACCAGUCCCUCAACUUUGUCCCCAGUGGGUGAUGCUCUUUGAGCCUUGUUGCGAAUAUCUAGUUUCAUAUUUCACAGGGAUCACAGGAUGAAAGGGUGUUUGGAAUGUAAAAGAUAUUUAGUUUGCAUUUCUGUUUGGAACCCCCCAAAUCAUGCCACGUUGCCAUGGAGAUGGGCUGUGCUGGUUAGAUGGUUCUUUUGUCUAAUUUAUCUGGGUGUUUCUCACAGAAGAAAACUAUCACAGUUUGAGGGUCAAGUUGUCUGUGGUAAAUUGGGAAACUACAUGAAAAUUUAUGACGGUAGACAGGUAAUAACUAACAGUGAAGGAAUUAUUACAUAGUUAAAACAAAUAUAGAUUCCUUUAAGGAAUAAAAAUCCAACAGGAGAAGUGAUGUAACCGUGGCCAACAGAAAAGAUAAAGAUUGCAUUAGAUCAAAGGAAGCGGCUCAUAAAGUGGCCAAAAAAAGUAGUAAGCCUGAGGAUUGGAGCUUUUUCAGAAUUCAGGAAGGGAGGACCAAGAAACUGAUAAAGAAAGAGAAAACCAAACAUCAGAGCAAACUGGCAAGAAACAUAAAAAGCAACUGUAAAAGCUUCUAUAGGUAUGUGGAAAGGAAAAGAUUAGCAAAGAGAAAUAUGUGUCCAUUCUAGGCAGAGACAGGAGAAUUUAUAAUGGGGAAUAAGGAAUUUGCAGAGAAAUUAAACAAUGUGUGUGUGUCUUCACAGAGGAAGAUACAGAAAUGGUCCCCAAAAUACUAGAGAAUCAAGGGACUAGUGAGCAUGAGGAACUGAUAGAGAUUAGUAUUGGUAAAAAUGUCGUAUUGGAGAAAUGAAUGGGGUUGAAAGUUGAUAAAUCCCCUGGACCUGGUAAUCUACAUCCCAGAGUGUUGAAGGAGGUGGCUGUAGAGAUAGUGGAUGCAUUGGUGA